AAAGGGAGAGUUCUGUAUGCGAGAAAGUGUUUGGAAUAACAGGUGCUUAGUUUGUUGUGAACAAUGGAUAAUUAUAGUUAUUGGAACUAUUGGAAGCGGCUCUUGAAACUUCAUGAAGUCAUGGCAGAAAUCGAAAACAUUGAUGACGAUGAGUUGAUUCCUGAUACUAUUGCCGUUCUACCGCCAUUUAACGCAAAUGAAUAUAACACUGAUGAGGAUUCCGGCGACGAAAAUGAAGUGGAUAUAAACAACCUCCCUGGAAGUCAGCUGAUGACUGAAGUUGAGGUUGUAUUUGAAAACAUGGGAUCAAACCAAACUACAGUUGAGAGUGAUUUUGAUAGCGACGAUGACCUACCUUUGUCUACCUUUCUUACGAAAAAAUGA